UUCAUCACACUGAAAUGAUGUGGCCCAGAAAGUCAUGUCUCAUCUGUGCUCCUGUUCUCACCACCUUGAUCCUCAAAAGCCCCCAGACCAGAGGAGAUGAUGGUGAGGGACAGAAAUUAUGUUUUCAGCUCCCUCUGGCUCAGUGUUCUCCUGUGCCACAGGGAUGGAGAGAAAAUCCAAGUGCUGCUGGCACCAUCAUCCAGCUGCCAAAUCUUCAUCCUCCAAGGGACCAACCUUAAACCUCCGAGGGGGUUGGACUGGGGAGGCAGGAAGGGAUGGGAAAAGAGGAAAGUGCUGUGGUGACCAGCACUCUGAGGUCAGACAGACUGGCAAAGAGGGUCUGACAGCUGUGGGAAAGAGAAAUUCUGUACUGGGGGUGGAGAAGCCCAUGGAGCAAACUGCAAGACCCAGAAGAGGUAGAAAUAGAGGCUGAGAAGUACAGGAGGAAUCCUCUAGGAGGCUGAGCUUUUCCUGCCAGAUGAGAUAUCAGCUUCCCCACGCUGCUACCAGAGCCAUAAUAUUUGCACAUUGUGAUUUCCUUUGUACAUAUACAAACCUGACCUUCACAUAAACAAACAACUGAUGUUUGUAAAUCUCGUGUGGGAAAUUCAGAUUUCUAGAGAACAUGCUCAGGACAUUGCUCAGGGAAGCAGAAGAUGAGAGAUCCUGGGGAAUUCUGUUCUUUAAUCAAGCACAGGACUUGAUGGGGCAGCCACAGCUUCUCUGGGCAACCUGUUUCAGUACCAGUCUCACAGGGAAUAAUUUUUUCCCAAUAUCCAAUCUAAACCCCCUCUCUGUCAGUGUAAGGCCAUUGCCCCUUGUCCUGUCACUCCAUGUCCUUGUCUCUUGGAGGCCCUUUAGAUACUGGAUCAUGACCUGUUUGCACUGUAAAGAGUCAGCUUGGUGAGAGGAUGUGAGAUUUGGAUUUCACAGUUUUGGACACAAACACAGCACCAGUAAGGAAGAGAGGAGGCAGUUUUGGUCCUUGGGUCCUCACACAUGUCAGUUCUCAGCAGGAAUAUCUCUGCUCCCAGAUGCAUUUGAGUCUGGGUGGGAAUCAUCUCACCUCACUCCAGCUUUCUAGAAUUCCAUGGAAUUAAUUUUGGGUGCUGAAUGACUCCAAAGGGAGUGUGGAAGACAACUUAGACAAGCCCUGUAACUUCCCAAUGGCUAAAGCCAGGCAAGUAGCAUUGAUUCACCCCUUCUUCUAUUCCUGAAAUCCUGAAUCAUCCCUCUGCCAUCUGCCCAUGCUGCAUCUCAUGCCCAGAUUUUAUUAUUCCACGAGCUCCGUGACACACAAAGUAGAAUCCUCUUGGAAACUGUGGCACAGGUCAAGUAUCACUGAGUUUGUGGUAUACAAGUGGAAAAAUCAGAUUUGAAGCAGAAAUCGAAGUUUCCCAGCAAGUUUGUAGUGCAGGGUCCUAAAGAUCCACCCCUGGAAUGGGAGGAGAAAAAUUCAGCCAGUUCAAAGAUCAUAUUUUGAGAUUGGGGUUGCUUUAAAAGGAAAGAGGAACCUGACACGGAGACAAAUUCUUUUCCCAUAGGUCUCUUUUCUGAGGCUCUCUUUUGUUAGUCAUUUCCUGUACAAAGCCAAGAGUAGAUUAGAACCAGAACCCUUCUACUGUCACAGGCGGGGGAAUAGUUCCCCCUUUGCAAGAGCCCUCGAGAACAUGAGUCAACACUGAGAAAAGGGGGAUGUGAAAGGUCCAGGGACAGACCCCAUGCCAGACACUGCUCAGGCUCACCAGGAAGGCUUCGCUCCCAUUUUCCAAGUGAUAAUUCCAGCAAAACUCCUGGAGGUCCCAUUCCAGAGACAGCAGCUGGCAAGUGUGAGAUGAUGUGAGACCGCAGCGCGUCUGCUCCAGUGGAAUUCUUCAGGCUGCGAGAGGAAAGAAGGUCAGACUCUUCUGGCUGUGUGAGGGGAAGGAGAAGCAGCAGAGGUGUCACAAUGGAUACAUCCUCUGCCACGGAAAGAGCCAGCCCCGCUUGCUGGAGCCAAUCCAGUGGGAUGGCAUCUAACAGGAACUGGAGUGAGGACAACCCCUACAACUGGACCGACUGUGAAAGCAGCCACUUGAGCAAAGUCCCUGUCACACUCCUCAUCUGCCUCUGUGGGAUGGUUGGGAAUGGGGCUGUUCUCUGGCUCCUUGGCUUCCACAUCCACAGGAACCCCGUCACCAUCUUUAUCCUCAACCUGGCCAUCGCUGACUUCACCUUCCUCCUCUCCAUCACCGUCACUCUGGGGAUAUAUUAUGUCCCAGAGAGCCUCUGUCAUGAGCUGGGCUCACAGGGAGUGACAACUGUGCUGAACAUCAUCAUCUUGUUUGCCUUCACUGCCAGUGUCUACCUGCUGACAGCCUUCAGUGCUGUGACAGCUCUGUCUGUCCUCCCCAUGUCCCACUGUCCCUGCCACCACUCUCAGCGUUUCCCAGUGCUCCUGUGUGCCCUGAUCUGGGUCCUCUCCUUCCUGCUCACCAUGACCCUCUACUCCCACCCUUCAGCGCUCAUCGCCUUUGUCCUGAGCUACCUCUUAUCAGUGCUCACUCUGAUCUGCUCUGGUCUAACCCUGCUUGUUUUCCUAUGCUGCUCAUGGAAACAUCUUCCAAGGAAGCUCUGUGCUGUGGUCCUUCUGGCUGUCAUCUUCUUCCCCUUCUCCACUGCUGAUUUUGGGUACUGGCUCUUGCUCAGGGUGUUUGAUUUUUCUGUCUUUGUCCUCAGCGCCUCCCUCCCGCUCGCCUGUGCCAACAGCAGCGUCCACCCUCUUAUUUACUUCUUGGCUGGGAGCUGUGCAAAGAAGUCCACACUCUCUGUUAGUGCUGCCUUCCAGAGGACUUUUGAAGAUGUGUCAGAGCCUCAAAAUAGAGACAACACAGUGGAAUCAUCAUAAAAUGGAAUCAUCAUAAAAUGAAAUCAUCAUAAAAGAGAAUCAUAAAAUAUCCUGAGUUGGAAAGGACCCAUGAGGAUCAUUGAGUCCAACUCCUGGCCCUGUACAGGACAACCCCAACAAUCCCACCAUGUGCCUGAGAGUGUGUCCAAAUGCUCCUUGAGCUCCGUCAGGCUCCCUGGGGACCCUGUUCCAGUGCCUGAUCACCUUCUGGUAAAGAAACUUUUCCUAAUAUCCACCCUAAACCAGCUGUUUAAACCCCUGCCACCCCAAUUCUAUGAUUUUGAGAUGCUCUGGGGAUGGAGGUGCCCUGGGGCAAUACUGAUGUGGGUCUAGCUGUAGCUGAGUGGAAUUAACUGCAGCACAAGGAAACGUGGUGGGUGGCAGGGGAACUCCUGCCUGGGGUGGAUGCUGGAUGAUGUGAUGAAUAAUCAUAGAAUCAUCACAGAGUGGUUCGGACUGGGAGGAAUUUUACAGAUCAUUGAGUUCCAAACCCCCUACCAUAGGCAGGGACACUCAUGAAACUUGUUGCUUUGAAAUCUGCUUUGAAUCUUUCCUAUUCAACAGGUCUGAGCUUUCCCUGUCUCAAAACUGAGCUUCUCUACCUUGUGGACUAUUAAAACCAAGUCACCAAGGCU